AAAUCGACCUGCCUUGUCAAUGACGCAACAGUAACUAUCACUUGGAAAAAAGAUGGAGACCCAAUAAAAGUCAUUAAUAUGAAAUUGGAUGAGAAAACAAGUGAACUGCGUAUUCCCAAGGUUGUAGAGAAGGACAGUGGUGAAUAUUCCUGUGAAGCUCGUAACAGACUAGGAAAUGUAGCCCGCUCCACUGUGACAAUAAAUGUCAACUUUGGUUGUGGAUAUGUGCAAAAUAACCAGCUGACAAGUCCCGAAUAUCCUAACUUUUAUCCCGAUGGGAUGGACUGUACUUAUUGGGUUAACAUCUCCCUUGGCUGGACGCUCACAAUUUACUUCAGGGACUUUGAAGUCGAGUCACAGUCUAGUUGCAGAUAUGACUAUUUGAGGAUUACUAAUGAAAGGAACGUCCUAUUUGGGAAAUACUGUGGCACCGAGACUGGACGAAGUGUAUCUGUGACUGGACGUUAUGCAGUGAUAACCUUCCAUUCCGAUGGCUCUGUCAGGAAGAAAGGAUAUAACCUGAUCUUUUCAGAUCCAAACUGUGUGUCUCCUCGGAUUUUAUUCUCUCCAGUAAACCAAUCUGUUACUGUUGGAAACCCUGUCAACUUUACUUGCCGUGCCUCUGGUGAUCCAACACCAAAAGUGACCUGGACAUUUGAUGGCAGUAAACUUCCAUUUGGUAUUUAUCAAACCAAGUUUGAGGGAGACUCGUUCAUGGAAUCAUUCCUGGAUUUGCCACCAACAACAAAGGAAAUGGGAGGAACAUACAAGUGCAUAGCAGAAAACAAAGCAAAUACGACAAGUUCUUCAGCAACACUUCAAGUUUCUGAAAAACCCACCUCUCAAAUAAGGCCAAAUCCACAUCCAAUACUCACUCCAGGUUAUGAACUCAAAUCGACCUGCCUUGUCAAUGACGCAACAGUAACUAUCACUUGGAAAAAAGAUGGAGACCCAAUAAAAGUCAUUAAUAUGAAAUUGGAUGAGAAAACAAGUGAACUGCGUAUUCCCAAGGUUGUAGAGAAGGACAGUGGUGAAUAUUCCUGUGAAGCUCGUAACAGACUAGGAAAUGUAGCCCGCUCCACUGUGACAAUAAAUGUCAACUCUGGGAAGGUAAGGAGUCCAUCCCUGGUGUGGUAUUUUAUUGUUGGUUCAAUGGCUGCUGUCAUUGUUAUUUUGCUCAUAUGCUGGUAUUUUUGGAAGCGUCGAACUAUAGCCGCUGCUAUGGCUCUUCCUAAUCACGGUCAGGCAGUUGAGAUGGAGCUGUUGAAUAUAGAAGUGGAUGAAUGGGAGGUUGAAGUAAACCGUGUCCUUCUUCAAGAGGUCAUUGGGCGUGGGGCAUUUGGAGCAGUGUGGAGGGCUCUUCUAAGUUCUCCAAAUGGGAGGCCUGGAAAUCGCACAGUUGCUGCUAAAUGCUUCACACCCACUGCAGGGGAGGAAGGAAGGAAAUGUUUGAUGAGAGAGAUCGAGCUGGGAAAAAUUAUCGGUGAAAGCAAUCAGCCCAACAUAGUGAAGUUCAUUGGCUGCGUCACUAGACAAGUUCAUCCAAUCCUCAUUAUGGAAUACUUGCCAUGUGGUGACCUGCUUGGUUACAUGAGAAAGUGCCGAGGAGUUAAAGAUCGGUAUUAUCUUGGAGAAGGAAGAGCCCAAGAUUUGAACAACUAUGACCUUGUGCUAUUUGCCAAACAAAUCGCCGCUGGUAUGGUAUUCCUUGGAUCAAGGGGAAUAAUCCAUCGUGACCUGGCAGCUCGAAACGUCCUCCUUGAUAACAACUAUGUGUGCAAAGUGACCGACUUUGGCAUGGCGUAUCAAAGCUUCAAAUAUGGUCAUGGAAAUGCCAAAAAGGGCUGUUUGCCAAUCAAAUGGACUGCACCAGAGAUUUUGUUGGGAGAACUUGCUGGACUUUCCGCCUUGAGUGACGUGUGGUCUUACGGAAUCGUUCUGUAUGAGAUAGUUACCCUGGGAGGAACUCCAUAUGACGGAUGGUCAGAAGGCAAAGUAGUUGCACAGGUCACACGUGGCUACAAACUUCCAAAGCCCGAUCAUGUUGAUGAUAAACUGUAUGCUGUAAUGAAAAGAUGCUGGAAUUUUAACCCCGACUUUCGUCCUCCUUUUGAAAACCUUCGCAAAAGAAUGGAUACCUACCUUCGUGAAGAGACAUAUCUGCACCUGCUCGAUAUGGGAUCUUAUGACACGACCAAAUACUCCAAGGUUGAAGAUCUCGGAGAUGAAGAUGCCGAGCCAACAGCACGAACUACAACGAACGCCGCGGCAAAGAGAUUGGGAAAAUGGACCAGCGACCGUCGUCAGACACCGCUAUUUUAAAUACUGCUUAGGAACCUGGCCGCUAGGGUGCAUUUCAGUCACUUUGUGGUACAUCAAGUAUUAGAAAAUGUGUAUUGAUGAUAACGGUGAUGAUUCAAGGGUCUUAUUGCGUUAGAAUAAACCAAAGCUGUGUCCUUAAUAACAAACUGUCAAGUCAGUUUCUUAGUACUAAGUUGCAAUUGAUAAACAACUCAAUAUUGAUCCAGCUGAUUAAGGCAGGAUUAAAAAAAGGAAUAAGAAAUUAGAAAACAGCUCGUUUAUUUAGAUUUCUGUUUUAGUCAACUAUUUACUCCUGUUAUAUGUGAAACAAGACGAAGAUUUGUCAGCAAUGAACCUAAUGAAGUAUUCCUUGUUGGUGUUAAAGACUUGUCAAGAUAUUUAGUAGUUUAAUAUUGAUUUAGUCAUGGACUGAGGAUAAACUGCAACUAAUGUAUUUCCCUUUCAAUUAAGUGUCAUUUAUCGACAAGAUCAUUGAUUCGGUGACAUAUCUUGUAGUGAAGUAUUUACAUGAGUCGUAAAAAUUUUCUAAAUUUUGUGUCGUUGGUAUCGGAAAACAAUCAAGUGCAUUGUUAUUGACUUAUUUACCAUAACCGUUUUGCUGUUAUUGUUAAAGAGCUUUUUUAUAAACGGAGAGAACCGUCUCAAUAUAGUGUUACUUAAAUCAAAUUAAUUAUUUUCUCAAUGUUUUCGACUUGUACAAGAAACAGAAAGCGCUGUUCAGAGGGGUUGUGGCUGAUGGGGAAACCUUUGUUAUGAUUUAAUAGACCGCUUAUUUGAUAAUGGAAAUUCUGUCAGAGCAAGGAUGAGCGUUUCUUUCUGUACAUAAUAGGAACACAUUAAGCUUUUUUUUUUAAAUAAAGUAUAACACUCUACAUAAUAUCUGCAAUAAAAGAAGCAUAUCUCAGUUA